CGCUCUGUGAUUGGCUGCGCGGCGAGAGCUCUGAAGGCGCAGUUGGGGUGUAGGCGCGGAGGUCGUGGCCGAGGCGUUUUAUACUUCUCCCUUUACAGCUCCGUUUGCUCGGCUGCCGCGUUGCACUUUGAGACGCAACAACGAUGGCAACGGCCGGCAUGGAGAUCAGCAAGGAGAACCUGCUGGCGGCAGAGACGGCGCGGCUGGAGGAGCAGCUGCAGCGCUGGGGGGAUGUGCUGGUGGCGGCAGAGCGCGCCCUGCGCUGGGAGAAGCCCGUCUACCCCGUGGCCAUCGCCGGGGCCGUCUCCCUGCUUUUCCUGGUGAUUUACUGGCUGGAUCCAUCGCUCCUCACUGGGGUCUCCACCUUUGUGAUGACGCUGUGCGUUGUGGAUUUCUUGCUGCCCACCCUCACCUCCAAGUUCCUCAGCCCAAACCAUUGGACCACAGACAAGCAGCAGCACUUCAAUGAUGUGUGCAAGCAGCUGGCAAACCUGCGACGUAGGCUGUAUGGCUGGGGACUCCGGCUGCAAGACCUGCGCGAAGAGAAGCCUCUCGUGUACCUGGCCACUGUGACCGUGGGCCUGCUUGUUUUGGCGUGGAUCGGGGAGCAAUUCCAUAAUCUACUCCUGACCUACAUGCUGGUCAUGUCCUUGCUGCUGCUGCCUGGCCUUAACCGCCACGGCGUGCUUAGCAAGUACGUGGGCAUGGCACGUGACAGGAUAAACACACUGCUGAAACGCAAGGAUGCCAAGCGUGAGUAAAGAAUACCGGCCAAGGACUCCUGCCCAGCCUCCCCCACGCAGCUUCUGCAGCUUAUUUUCAUGUUAAGCCAUUAUCAACAUUCAUCCCCAGUCAUCGCCACGCGUAACAUUCGUCAAGAAACGGGACAUCCCAGUGUCUGAUGAGAAAGCCUUGUGACCCAUAGCUUAGACCUUGCUAGAAAGUUUUUUGAAUGGUGUGUGUGCAGUUUAAUUUGUUUACCAAAGAUGUACGGUGCAUGCUAAUUGUGAGUCGUAAAGUGUAGCACGUGUAACUUUUCAGGUAGGUUUUGGCUGUUUUGUAUUUUCUGUAGCUGGAUUUGCCCUGAGGAAUUGUUUAUCAUCCAACAUUUCAAGGCAGUUGUCACACAACAGAUGGCAUAAAGUCAGACAAAAGCCAUCCAAUCUGAAAUGCAUUGAAUUUACUACUCAGUGCUAAUAUACUGUACGUGGUGAUGUAAUUUAAUUUGCUUUCGCGAGUGUCCAUAUUGCGCACCACUUUUGCAGUGCUGCUCACGCGAUACGAAAUUCUUGAGCUUCUUUUUUAAUCGCACAACAGUUUUACUAUUAAUAUUGCAGAAAUCAAGUGAGCUUGUUAAAUCAUUUAUCAAAAAGCAUGGUUGUUAUAGUUUUUUUUUUAUCAAUCAUUUAUCGCAUCACAUUAAAAGUUUCGUGAAUGUUAAA